AUGGCCAGAAAGAAGCGUCAGCGGAUCAGCUAUGUCCUGCCUCUGGCAAGUACGCCCGGCGGGCAUAGACUCGGGGUGAACGGUUUGGCCUUUGACGAUGAGCGAUCUAUCCUGUAUACAGGCGGGCGAGAUGGUGUCGUCUGCGCGUGGGACCUAGACCUCGAAGCCCAGAAACGAAGUAAAGACUUGAACAAGAUAGAAGAUAAGCAGCGCACAGUUACGUUUCGCAAACAGGUACAGGCACAUACACACUGGGUGAACGACAUUCUCUUGGUCAAGAACAACCUGGGUUUGGUGUCAGCCUCAUCGGACGUCACCGUCAAGCUAUGGCGACCGCAUGGACACGAGACGGUACAGGCAUAUACCAUUGGCUCUCAUAGUGAUUACAUCAAAUGCCUUGCGACACCCGACCAGCAAGCAAACUGGGUUGCUUCAGGCGGCCUUGAUCACAAGAUCUGUCUAUGGGAUUUGAACGGCGCUGGGAAGACGCUGGAGAUCAACGUCAGCGAAGCAGAAGAUGUCGUCAAGGGUUCUGUCUAUGCCCUUCGCGCACGAGGGUCGAUGCUAGCAAGUGGAGGUCCAGAGAGCGUGGUACGGCUGUGGGACGUCAAGUCUGGCAAGAGUAUCACGAAGCUCGUCGGGCACACGGACAACGUCCGAGAUAUCCUUAUCAGCGACGAUGGUGACACUUUGCUCACAGCAUCUUCAGAUCAGACCAUCAAAGUCUGGUCCAUUGCAGCUGGUCGAUGCAUACACACUCUGACUAUGCAUAACGACAGCGUUUGGUGCAUGUAUUCGAACGACCCUAAUUUGGCCGUCUUCUAUUCCGGGGAUAAGUCUGGUCUGGUCGCAAAGACCGACACUCGACGAGCUAUGGAGAUCGAUGACAGUGUCUCGGUUGCCUUAUGUCACGAGCACGACGGAAUUUCUCGUAUCAUGCCAGCUGGCGACUCCGUGUGGACAGCCACCUCAAGUUCCAGUGUCAACAGAUGGCUUGACGUUGACACCGAGCUUGAGGUCGAGACUCCUCCUGCAUCUCCGCGCGAAGAACGUCGUGCCAGUCUCAAACAAGCCACGGUUGAAAGCGAAGAAGCUCCGGUCGCCAAUGGGGUGGGCCACAAGAAGAAGAUCCCUCACAACGCGGUGUUGCUGGUUUCGAAUACGGCAGUUCAUCCAGGUCGAAAGACUCUAGGCCAUUAUCCCAACCUCUCAGUAACCAAUAUGAGGAAAGCAAGCGAGGCCAUGACAAUGGACGAUUUGAGCGUUGUUGUGCCCAUUCGUGGACAGCCUGCAGAGACCAUCGAGGGUCAACAUGGUCUCAUUAAGCAUGUGAUGCUGAACGAUCGGAAAAGGAUUCUUACCUUAGAUACGGCUGGUGAGGUUGUCCUGUGGGACUUACUGAAGUGCGUUCCCAUCAAAUCCUUUGGCCGCCGACACCUGGACGAGGUUGUCCCCGAGGUUAACACCACCGAAAGCGUCGCCAAUUGGUGUGGUGUCGACACUAAAACUGGAAAGAUCACAGUCAUGCUUGAGGAGAACUACUGCUUUGAUGCUGAGGUGUACGCAGACGAGCUUGACCUGGACAAGGACUUGGUCUUCCGCGAAGACCAGAGAAUUAAUCUGGGCAAAUGGGUGCUACGUAACCUCUUUGCGAAGCUCAUCGAAGAAGAAAUAGCCCGUGAUGAGGUAUAUAGAAACACUCUUCGCAACGCCUCCACAGCCACAGGUCUUGUUCGACCUGGCGCACCAACAAGCAUCGCCAUGCCCGAGUCGGCGUCGGCCACCGCCAUGGUCUCACCCGGCCAAGAGGCCACACCUCGAGCAUCUAAUGGACAUGCACUCGUUCCUCCAACACCAAGCUUAGCUAUCGGAGCGGCCACGCCGGGCUUUGCACCCUUGACCGCCACACUUCCACCUACAGCUGAAGAAGAUGCGGAAGGGAGCACUAGUAAUGGAGUGUCUUCACCAGCGGCACCAACCCCUUCUGCAGCCGUAGAAGUGCAAACAGACUACUUCUCGUCCGCAAACCGCUCCGAAAGCUCUUCUGACCACGACCCCGUGAAGUCUCCUGAAACACCCGGGGCAGAUACUGGCCCCCUCACACCGGUGUCUCCAACAGAGGAAAAGAAAAAGGGUCUCUUCGGCAAGAAAUUCCCCAUGACAUUCCCCAAGAAAAUCUCACGCACUUCUGCGGAAGUCAAGACACCAAUCGCUGUAGAAGAGAAGUCGGACACAGCCAGCUUCAAGUCAAAGGCCAGCGAAAAAGAUGAAAGCAAGGUUAUCGAAGACAACCUGUACGGCGUGAUUCAAAAGAUCCGGCACGAAUACGAUGAAUACUCCGGCAAUGGUCCAGUACCAAUGGGCAUAACGCCUAGCUUAUCGGUCGAGACCCCUGUCCUGCGACCUCCAGAGCACACAACGAUUAUAAUCCAGGAAGACGACCCUGCUAGUGGUGGGCUCGCGGAUCAGUACAGUGGUGAAAUUGGGGAACUAGGAUUCAAGGAGCAAGUCGACCUGCUUGAAAAGAUUGCACCCAUGUGGCUUGGGGAAGUACUCCUGAAGAAUCAAAUCCCCUACAAGGAGACGGUCAAAGUCUCAUUUGUUCUCCUCCCGUACGAUAAUCAAUUGCCGAAUAUUGCAUCGUCUGAUGGCAACGCACGGCUUAAUGCUAACCGCAUGCUUCGGGCUAAGAAAAUAAUGGCCUAUGUCGCUGAACGGAUCGAGAUACAAGGCACCACCACAUCCGGGGCGUCGUUCCAUGUCCAUUCUCCUUCUCAUGUCACCAACAAUCACGAUCACGGUGAAAAUGGUCAUGAUCAUGCUCAGGAGGAGCAUCAUGACGAGCAUUCCCAUGACGAAGGACACUUCGAGAACGGUGGAAGCCAUGAUGAAGCAAAGCAUAGUGAAACCGAUCUUGAACCGGAGGAGGAACUUGAUCAAGGAGAGAAGCUCAAGGCAGAAGACUAUCUCGAAUUAUAUUGCCAGGGGCAGAAGGUCGACCCAAACACGACUCUCGCAACGCUUCGUGUGCAUGUAUGGCGCACGGGUGGCGAUGUAGUCCUAUAUUACAAGAGCAAUGGAAGGAAGAAGCUGAGGCUGCCACAUCCGGCGGCUGUGCCGAGUCGAGAGGAAAGUGAAGUUGCCACGGGGGUCAGUUGA